AUGCUGGCCCGGCUAAUAUGGCCCAGCCACCCAGCACAUCUUGAGACCGAGGGGCCAGUGGGCAAGCAUCUUGGCCCAUCAGCCCUAGCCCUGGACCUGGAUCUUGACGACCUCGAUCCUGGGCGCAGUGGCACUCGGAUCUGUCUGGCACUGGCUGAAUUGGGCCCCGAGUUGGCACUAUCCGAGCAGGUACCCCUGCGCAAGUCUUGGGUCGUGACAGGUCUUGGCGUCGGAGAGCUGGGCGACUGGGGUGCUAUGCUCCAUGGUGUGAGCUGCUGCGAGGUAGAUACGAUCGACAGAUGCAUCGGACGGGACCAUAGAGACUUGAGCGUGCUCGUGUCAUUUUGGUAUACAAGCGAGGAGGGUUAG